AUUAUUUGCUGAACGUGGAGAGAUUUUGGGCGGAGUAAACCAUCUCGUGUUGCCUCUUCCUCUCCGAUUUGGCUCAAAUAAGAAGAGGCGUGAACGUCGGGUGGCUUUGCUGUUGAACAGGUCAUGUCGGUAAAGAUGGAAAUGGAUGUCAGUGGCGUGUCCAGGACACCCAUCUCUGUUCUACCUGCUGCUGCAGAGGUCAAAGCCAUGCUGAAACCCGAUACAGGGGACCGGCCCCGCUGUGCCAGCACCCCCUGCUCCCCCAUCAAAAGUACUGUUUCAGGCUUCCAGAUCCUCCACAUGGACUCCAACUACCUAGUCGGCUUCACCACCGGCGAGGAGCUGCUAAAACUAGCCCACAAGUGGUCUCCCAACCCAGAGAAGACCCUUAUCACCACACCGACCACCACAACGUCAACAGCAUCAGAGGCCUUGCCCAGUUCUGUCCCCAAACCCAUGGACCUGGGCAUCCACCGGGCAUCGCGGAUCUACAAAGCCAAAAACCGCUACUACCAGCCAUACGACAUCCCCGUGGUCAACGGGCGCCGGCGGAGGCGCAUGCCCAGCUCAGGUGACCCCUACCUCAGGCCCCUGUCCCAGGGGGAGGGUGGCCCAGGGAGGGCCCUGCACCACGGCCCCCUGCCCCUCUGCCUUCUCAAGGGGAAGAGGGCCCAGUCCAAGUCCCUGGACUACCUCAACCUGGACAAAAUGAGUGUCAAAGAGCCUCCGGCCGACACAGAGGUGCUGCAGUUCCAGCUCCAGCACCUGACGCUGCGGAGCGAGCGCAUGUUCACCAGGAACAAGACAUGAAGCAACACCAGAGUCACUCCCCUGUUCUCUCAUCCACUCCCAUGGGAUUUGGGUGCUAUUUCCGGCUGUGCGUUUCUCUCCCUACUCAGAUCAUAGGAUAGUCCUUUAAGGGGACACUUGCGGAGACCACUAAUCUUGUUAUUAUUAUGAAGCGAGGGUGACAAACUAAGCGGGUCUCUUGACGAAAUGAGACGCAUGCUAACGUAUACGUAAAAAUCCAGUGAACACAAAUUGUUAAGUUAGUACACUGAAAACGGGGGUUGUUUAGAUACAAAAAUGUGAAGUUCGUCAGGAUUAGCAAUAACUGGUAAACUUAUUUAUUGACAGUGUGUGUGUGUGUGUGUGUGUGCGCACCUUUUUAAAAAUGGUAAGGGAUGUGUAACCAAUGCCUCUCAAACUGGCCCCUUUUUUUCUGCAUUGGACUGCACUGUUAGACGUGAUGUUUUUACAGACCUUGCAUCCUCAACUACAGCACACCUUUACUUUUUAACCACUAUACAUCCAUAGCAAUUAGCAUUAGCCCCAGCAGUACUGCACUAUACAUCCAUAGCAAUUAGCAUUAGCCCCAGCAGCACUGCACUCUACAUCCAUAGCAAUUAGCAUUACCCUCAGCAGUACUGCACUCUACAUCCAUAGCAAUUAGCAUUAGCCCCAGCAGUACUGCACUGUACAUCCAUACCAAUUAGCAUUAGCCCCAGCAGUACUGCACUCUACAUCCAUAGCAAUUAGCAUUAGCCCCAGCAGCACUGCACUCUACAUCCAUAGCAAUUAGCAUUAGCCCCAGCAGUACUGCACUAUACAUCCAUAGCAAUUAGCAUUACCCUCAGCAGUACUGCACUUUACGUCCAUACCAAUUAGCAUUAACCCCAGCAGUACUGCACUUUACAUCCAUACCAAUUAGCAUUAGCCCCAGCAGUACUGCACUAUACGUCCAUAGCAAUUAGCAUUAGCCAAAACAAUACUGCACUAUACAUCCAUAGCAAUUAGCAUUAGCCCCAGCAGUACUGUAUGUAAGCUACUGUAUGUCUGUAUGUGUGUGGAUGUAUAGGGGCGGCAGGUAGCCUAGUGGUGGUGUGUUGGACCAGUAACCGAAAGGUUGCUAGAUCGAAUCCCCGAGCUGACAAGGUAAAAAAUCUGUCAUUCUGCCCCUGAACUAGACAGUUAAGCCAACUGUUCCUAGGCCAUCAUUGUAAAUAAGAAUUUGUUUCUUAACUGACUUGCCUAGUUAAAUAAAGGUUAAAUAAAAAUAAAAAAUGUGAAUGCUCACUCAGCUACACUACUACUUUGCUCUUGCUAAGCACCAGGGAAAUGUGGGUUUAAUGUAAACCACUGACUGUUACACAAUCAAAAGGUUAUUUAAAACAGAAUCCUGUAAAGGGGCAAUCUGCAGUUACUACAUCCAUUUUUGGACUUAUACAUUUAUGAUACCCAUUGAUUCUUGAAGAAUAUAACAUUUAAAUGCCACAUGUCGUAGCCCAUCAGAACUCAAAAGAUAUGCUUGUUUUACUCCACUGUUUGUAAACAGUAAAUAUAAACAAUAUAGCCUCAAAACAUGGUUAAAACUAUCAUUUUUCUAUCAUUGGUGGUCAGUCCUUGCAUCCAUAUCUAUGAAUUUGAGUGUGGUUACAUUUCUGCAGCCCCAUCCCUCAGCUUUUUACCGAAACGGGGGCGGGGAAAACGCUUUGUUAUUGCUUCAACUGCUGAUUGCUGCUCUAAGAGGAUUUGUGAGGGAGAGGCUUACCGUCAGAGUGCCUGAGGUGAGAUUAGCUCCUUAUAUACAGAAUUAAUCCCCUCACUCCAUUUCUCCCAGUCAGACUGAAUCCUCAGCAGGGGUGAGGGGUUGAAUUAGGAGAUUCCAGAUUUUCUGCAUCUAGACGUUGUGUCCAUUAUUCUGAAUCCCAGUCAUUUUCAUUUCCUGAAUGGGAGGGAUGGGUAUUUUAGCCUAGGUAAAAGGUUAUCAAUUUAGUUUUGGGUUUUUGCCUCCCCUUCAUAAAGGUAUGUAGAGCACCUGAAACACGUACCAUAGCUAUGGAAACCAAAGGAGGAUUAUUUUGGGGUGCCCUAGGAAAACUUGACCACAUUGUUUCUGUAAUAAGAUCUAUUUGGGGUUUCGUAGGACACAUGACAAUCAUUAUGAGGAGUGAUCUUGGAGAACACCUUACUUGAAGUAGCCCUGACCUAAUGCCCUCAUAACAAAAUCAUUUGCAUGAUAUAAAUUCUCUGAUAGUCUCUUACCAUUGACAAUUUACCUAUUAUAAGCCAUAUGACAUGUAAUGGUAACUAUACACUGAGUGAACGAAACAUUAAGGACACUUUACUAAUUUUGAGUUGUCAACACAUGACAGUAAAGCGCACCAUCUCAUGACUAUACAAUUCUGGUCUUUCUCAAUACUGUAAUUCACCAAGCGACCAAAAAUUGUGACAUUUUUGGAAAGGUCACCUUCUUUUCCUCCAGACAUGGAAAACUACAGCUAGGCAGGGUAUUGGUCCAGACAGUACAUUUACACUGAGUGCACAAAAUAUUAAGAACACCUUUCUAAUAUUGAGUUGCACCCCCUUUUGCCCUCAGAACAGUCUCAAUUAGUCGGGGCAUGGACUCUACAAGGUGUCAAAAGCGUUCCUCAGGGAUGCUGGCCCAUGUUGACUCCAAUGCUUCCCACAGUUGUGUCAAGUUGACUGGAUGUCCUUUGGGUGGUGGACCAUUCUUGAUACACACGUGAAACUGUUGAGCGUGGAAAAACCCUGCAGCGCUGCAGUUCUUGACACAAACCGGUGCAUCUGGCACCUACUACCAUACCCCGUUCAAAGGCACUUAAAUAUUUUGUCUUGCCCAUUCACCCUUUGAAUGGCACACAUACACAAUCCAUGUCUCAAGGCUUAAAAAUCCUUCUUUAACCCGUCCCCUCCCCUUCAUCUACACUGAUUUGAAGUGGAUUUAACAAGUGACAUCAAUAAGGGAUCAUAGCUUUCACCUGGGUUCACCUGGUCAGUCUAUGUAAUGAAAGACCAGGUGUUCUUAAUGUUUUGUACACUCAGUGUAUAAAGAUAUGCCUUUUCAUGCUUUAUAUGGUUUGGUGUGACUUUCAAAUUCUACUAUUAUGGGUUUAAGCUCUUUUUCAUCAUGCUUCUCUUUUCCACGCUAACCUCAUUGUGUCAUAGUACAAGAAAAUAACCUCCAAAAAACAUCCAAGGAAAUAUUUUCAAAGUUAGGAACUGCAUCCAUCUCCUCUGUGUCUUCUCCAUUGUGUUUGUGUCUGUGUAUUUUCAGUAAAAGGUUAUUGCACCACACAUUCCCUUCUAGAUGGUUCAUGGUUUAGUGUCAGUCACCUGUCUGUCUUCACUCUAAAUGGGUUCACAGAAAUUGCUUAAUCUGUAUUUCCAUUUUUAAAAAAAAUUGUGUUUAAUGUAACUAUAUUGAAUUAUUAUUUAUUUAUUUUUGAUAUCAUUUUUUUAAUAGUUUAUUAAUUAAUUUAUCUGAAGUCAUGGAAGACAUCGUUAUUGGUUUAAUAUAAAAAUGGCAGUAUGUUGCAUAUAGGCUAUGUUUACCUGGAGUGGACACUUAAAGGCACCUUAACCCGACAUAUGAACGGUGAAGUGUAGUUAUUUAAGGGUGCAGAUCACAACAGCAGCUAAAGAUGAAAACUCAUUCAUUUGAACAAUCUGUCCAUGAGUAACGGUGAUAUGUUUUCACCAAACACUUGGAAAUGUUCUCUGGUGAAAUAUAUUCGGUAUUAUCAAUAACCGUCAACGAUUUGCUCACAGAUGUGACUGUGUUUGCAGUGAAUUUUUGGUGGCUUCUUAGUUGUAAUGUUUAGAAUGUGUUGAUUUAACAGUUUAACCUUAUCAGUGUUCGUACCGCAUCAGGUUAAUAGUAUACAGUAGAAAUGAACAGUUUUACUUUGGCCGUCAUGAAGGAAAAAUGCUACUUGAACAACACACGUUUUAAUAUGCUAUACAAUUCAAGAAAAAAUGUAAUAUUGUAAGACUGUGGCAGUUCUAAACAGGAAUACCCAAUGCAUUAUGGGAAUUAAUAAUAGACUACAGUAAUUCUGGACUGAGAUGCCCGUUUAAUAGAGAAUCUCCAUUGAACAUGGUUUUUAGGCCAGGACUGUUCUUAAUCUGUGCCCUGGAAACAGGCCCUCAAUGUUCACAGUAAAGCAUUGUCUUCAUAAUUACAAUGUGGGUUGAAAUGUGCUAUUUUCCUGCAUGACUAUUAACCACAGCAAUGGAACAAGAAAGUUGCAUCGCAGGUAACAGUGCUUUUCAGUGACUCAUUUUGAUUUAGUGUUCAUAGGCUUGUGUGGAACUUUGUCAUUUUAUUCCUACAAAAGCUUUAUUGUCAUUUUGACUUUCUGGUCAAAUCUUUCACGCAGCUUGUAUACUGUAGUUUAGCUACCUAAAAGCAUUUGUUUUGUUUUCUACUGUGUCUAUUUAUGCCCUGCAAUGCGACUGACUUAAGUUUUAUUAUCUUUCACUUGACAUUGUUAUUAAAACACUACUACGCUA